AUGAAGAACCUGGAGCUGUCUCAGAUCCAGGAGAUCGUGGACUGCAUGUACCCCGUGGACUACGGGGAGGAGGCCUGCAUCAUCAAAGAGGGCGAGGUGGGCUCCCUGGUCUUCGUCAUGGAAGGAUUGUGGUGGUUCUCGUGCUGCAGUGUCCCUCACAUGAACAGAAGGCUCUUUGUGUCCCGGGACAGAGCUGCUGCUGUGACGGGAACCCUGAGGAAGGACACCUGA